UUAGUAACUCAGAAGAUCAGAAAACAAAAGGAUGGGCUGUUGUUAUUCAAGAGUAGAGAGAGAAGAGAUAGUUUCGCGUUGCAAGGCUCGAAGAAGAUACAUGAAGGAGCUUGUAAAGGCUCGUCAGGCAUUCUCUGUAGCACACAGCAUGUAUAUUCGGUCUCUCCGAGGCACAGGUUCGGCUCUUCUUCAAUUCGCCAACGGUGAAACCAAUCUCCACCAAAACAAACACCAUCUUCAAAACCGUCUUCCUCUACUCCCUUCACCACCUCUCCCACCGCCGACUCCACCACCGCUUCCACCUCCUCCGAUGAGUUCCAGCUCUGACAACUGGACGUCAGUCACCGCAUCUCCUGCUCUCCCUCCUCCGCCUCCACCUCCAGCCUCAAGCUGGGAUUUCUGGGACCCAUUUGCUCCUUCUUCGUCGAGGUCUGUUACAGAAGAGGAAUGGGAAGCCACCACCGUCACCACCGGAUCCGAAGUCGCCACUGCUAAUGUUGCGGCCAGUGUUGCUGCUCCACCUUCUGUAGUUAGUGGGUAUUCUAAGGAUUCCACAAGCGAGCUCGCUAUGGUGGUUUCAAGGAACAGUAAAGAUCUCGUUGAGAUUAUCAAGGAACUUGAUGAGUAUUUUCUUAAGGCUGCGGAUGCAGGGUCCCAUGUCUCAUUGCUCUUAGAAGUUUCAAAUUUUAGUCUUUCUACCCAGAAGACAACCGGUAAGGUCUAUAACUGUGGAAAGAGUCUGAGUCCUUUGUGGACGAGGGGUUCAAAUUCAAAAUCAAGCGGUUUAGGUAGAUUGGAAGCAGAGGUGAUUACGGUUAACGGCGGUGGUGGAGCUCUUCUCACCAGCAGUCACUCUUCCACCGUGGAGCGACUCUACGCUUGGGAGAAGAAACUGUUCGAGGAGGUCAAGAACGCUGAGAGUAUGAAGAUAGAGCACAAGAAGAGGGUGACCCAGCUGAGGAAGCAAGAGGCAAAGGGGUCUGACUAUUUGAAGACUGAGAAGAACAAGAAGGAGAUUGAAAAAUUGGAAUCUACAUUAGUUGUAGCUGCUCAGGCCAUAGAGACUACAGCUGUUGAAAUCAUAAGAUUGAGGGAAUCAGAGCUCUAUCCGCAACUCCUCCAACUUGUGAAUGGAUUAAUGUUCAUGUGGAGAAGCAUGUAUGAGUGCCACCAGGUCCAAAUGCACAUUGUGGAGCAGCUGAAGUUCCUCAACACUACCAUAGUAACUGCAGACCCAACCUCAGAGAUUCAUCGGCAAUCAACUCUUCAGCUGGAACUUGAGGUCCAGCAAUGGCACCUAGCCUUCUGCAAUCUUGUCCAAUGCCAACGAGAUUACAUCCAUUCCCUCACAGGGUGGCUCCGUCUCAGUCUAUUCCAAUUCAGCCAUGAUCCACUGAUCAAUCCCAAACAGAACUCAGGGAUCUACUUUCUCUGCGAAGAAUGGCAGCUAGCAGUGGAUAGGAUUCCAGACAAAGUGGCCUCUGAAGGAAUCAAAAGCCUCUUAACUGUAAUCCAUGCAGUUGUGGUUAAACAGGCUGAAGAACAGAAGCAGAAGAAGAAAUCAGAGGCUGCAUUCAAAGAGCUUGAGAAGAAAGUGGUUGAACUUAGGUCAUUGGAGUGUAAGUAUGGCCCAGUUUCAAUGCCUGAAACUGAAAUUCGGAGUAAACAACAGGACCCAGUAGCGGAGAAGCGAGCAAAGGUGGAGAUACUGAGAACGAAAGCAGACGAGGAGAAGACAAAGCAUGAGAAGUUGGUCACUGUGACAAGGGCAAUGACACUGAACAACCUGCAAAUGGGAUUACCAAAUGUGUUUCAGGCGAUGACUGGUUUCUCCAAUGUGUGUAUACAUGCAUUUGAGUCAGUGUCCAACCCACCAAAGACUAAUGAGCAGGGCAGUGACUUGAAGAGGUUAUUACCUUGAGGAAAAAGUCUUAUGCUCUCUGGUUAACUACAUUGUUGAAGGAAUGAGACUGUGUGUGUAUAGCUGGGGUGGAAGUUCUCGAACCAAGAUUUACUAACAUCAUCAGGUGGCAUUUGGCAAAACUGACAGGGAUGAAAGGAGGUUUACUCUUUUAUAAGUUUGAUAGAAUGAAGUUGAUUGAGUGGGUUUGAGUUGUAAUUAAGGGCUCUAGCAGAAGUGAAGUUUUGUGUUUGUUUUUUUUAAGUAGCCUUUCCUCCA